UCAUUCCGUUACUCAUCUCCAGCCGGUGGAACCGGUCACCUCCCAAGCUAAGCGCAUGUCAAAUGACCAAAAUAACCCUCAAGAAUCCCACCAAAUUCUCAACUAAUCCCCCCCACAUCCCUCCAUGGGUCCCAUCUUCUUAUCCAUUUCAUUCUUGACAAUUUGGAAUUUAACAAGGGUUUUUCUGUCAAUGUAAUUGCCACUGUUGGUAUGGAUUAAAUUUAGCUAGUGAUUUGCUCCAUUCUGUAAAUGAUAUUUUAUUUUUGGGAAAUUUAGGAAUAAACCCUGGAAUUUUGGGACUAUAUUUUGAAUUCAAGAGAGGCUUCAAUUUGUGAGAUUUGCUUGUGUCACUCUGUCUCUCUGUCUCUCUUCCUCUCCUUCUCUCUCCCUCUCUCUUCUCACCAUGAAGACAUGAUCAGUGCCAUGGGAGGAGGAGAGAUUCAAAGUGAUGAACAGUGAAAGGGAUCACCAUUGAUUUCUUGAGAAGAUGUUAUGUUAAUUUGCAGAGACUCGAUACUACGAAAUGGAUGUUUCAGACUUGACGAAGAUCAUAUUCAAUAGAAUUCAAAAGUUAGAGUCAGAAAAUGCUCUCAAGAUUGCUGGGUUUCUAUUUUUAAAGGAACCUGAUGAGCAGGAAAUGCGACAUUUAGCAUUUGGUCCUGAAAAUGCAUUCCUGUCUAUAAUUAGUGAUGCAAAGACCAUGCUCAAUAUCUCAAAUAAGACUAAUGCUUCGGCGGCCUCUGAUGUUCCUCAUCAGUUUGGUCACUAUCCUAAUGCCUCUGCCGCAUCCCGGUCAUUUCCUUCUCCUUUAACGCUUCAUGUCCCAGCUCCAUUCUGGGAUUCUGAUCAGCAACACUCCAUGCACAACUUGGAUUACGUCCCCUGUCGAUACACUGUUUCUGUUGGAGAGGACUAUGGACUUAGCAAUCGAGCUCAGUUCAUUGGAUUGGAGGAGCAAAUGGAUCAAAACACCAUGGGAGCCAACUUUUCAAAUAAUUUUUAUUACCAUGAUACUGCUAUAGGUGGUGCCCUGACUUCAAAAACUAGCAGGAGAUCGCCAGGACUUCCUGACUACCCAAUCAAAGCAUGCCAUUACUUUUAUAGAGGGUAUUGUAAGCAUGGCAGUAACUGUAGGUACUUCCAUGAUCAACCAUUACAAGAUGGCUAUUCACAGGUUUACAGCCAAAGCCUCAAUGAGGCUGGUGAAGAACAUGGCUUCUCAGCUGGUUCACUUGAUCAGCUUGAAUUGGAGAUAGCUGAGCUCUUGAAGUCAAGGAGAGGGCAACCAGUUUCUAUCGCCUCGUUACCCAUGCUGUAUUUUGAGAAGUAUGGCAGGAACAUUCAGGCUGAUGGUUAUCUUACUGAGAGCCAGAGACAUGGCAAGGCUGGAUUUAGCCUGACAAAAUUGCUUGCUCGCUUGAAGAGCAGCAUACGGCUCAUUGAUAGACCACAUGGACAGCAUUCAGUGAUACUUGCAGAGGAUGCACCAAAAUACAUGGGUUACAGAAUUGACAGAAGUGAUUCUGGUGGAAUGGUUUCUAGUUCGCAUCAGAUUUAUCUUACAUUUCCAGCAGAAAGCACAUUUAAUGAAGAAGAUGUUGCCAAUUAUUUCAAGCAAUAUGGGCCUGUUCGUGAUGUGAGAAUUCCUUGUCAAGAGAAACGCAUGUUUGGGUUUGUGAGCUUCCUUUAUCCAGACACUGUGAGCCAUCUCUUGGCCAUGCGGAAGCCUCAUUUUAUCUGUGGUGCUCGGGUGCUUGUUAAACGAUACCGGGAAAAAUCAAGGAUCACCGAAAGGUCAUAUAUGGACAGGAUUAAGCCUGCAAUGUAUUAUAAUCAGUAUGCUCAGUAUCUUGAAAUGGAUCCUGAACUUCAUGCAAGGCCAAGAGAAUCCGAUAGUUCUAUGAUGCUUAAAAGGCUAGGACAAGAAAAGAUGCUUGAACUUGAGCGUAGGCGACUUGCUGAGUUUAACAUAGUUCAGAAGCCACUAGUCCAACAGCCAUACUACAGUUUCAGCAUGGAUGAAUUUAAACUUCCUGAAGGUCCUGAUGAAUUUGUCCCUGCUGAUCACUUCAGUUGUGUGCUUGAUGCUCUUAACAACGGCUCAACAAGCGAUGACAAAGCUAAUAAUCACACAGGCAACAAUUUCAGUGACCAGGAGAGCAAUCAAAUUGAACUCCCAGAAAGUCCAUUCGCAUCUCCUGUAGGAAGCAACAUUUCUGCAAUCAUACAAUGAUGAAUAAAGUUUUUAGAGGAUAUUACACCAAACAUGCAACAGAGAGGAUGCUUCUUUCUCCAUUCCUUACUAGCGCGGAGAAGGUUUGCUACACGACACGAAAUGCGAAAGUUUACCCAUUAAUAAUGAAGUAGAAAUUGACAUGAUAAAAGCAGUGGCAGUUGAUAUUUUAGAUUAGCAGUAAAAAUAAAAGUCUCAUUGUUGUUAGUUGACUCUUCGAUAACAUAAAUGACACCAUCGAUAUUGUAAAUAUCAUUUCUGAUCUAUAUAAUCUACUCAGUUGCUCUUUUUUUUUUUCUUUAAAUCCUCAUUCCUUGUAGUGUUUGAUUGGUUUCAUAACAAAACUACUUGAUUUGUAUUCCUUCAUCAA